AUGGCCGACCAGCUGACCGAAGACCAGAUCGCCGAGUUCAAGGAGGCCUUCUCCCUGUUCGACAAGGACGGCGAUGGAACCAUUACCACCAAGGAGCUGGGCACGGUGAUGCGCAGCCUGGGUCAGAACCCCACCGAGGCGGAGCUGCAGGACAUGGUCAACGAGGUCGACGCCGACGGCAACGGCACCAUCGAUUUCCCCGAAUUCCUGACCAUGAUGGCGCGCAAGAUGAAGGACACCGACUCGGAAGAGGAGAUCAAAGAGGCCUUCAAGGUGUUUGAUAAAGACGGAAAUGGGUUCAUCAGCGCUGCUGAGCUUCGACAUGUCAUGACAAACCUCGGCGAGAAGCUCUCAGACAACGAGGUGGACGAGAUGAUCCGCGAGGCCGACGUCGACGGCGAUGGCCAGAUCAACUACGACGAGUUUGUCAAGAUGAUGCUGAGCAAGUAA